CCCUUCCUUCCUUCUCUUUAUAUACGACUCCACAUCAUGGCUGCUCAACAUGAUUUGACUAUGCGUAUGAUUCCUUUCUUGGAUCGUCAUCUCAUGUUUCCUCUUAUUAAAUUUGCUGAUUUGAAUGAAGUACAUCCUACCGAAGACUUGGAAAAGGCUUUAUUCGAAAUCUUUAGCAGCUCCAACAUGGUUGAUUUCAUUUCUGAACGAUAUAAGAAGAUCAACAAGACUGAAGAAGUUCCUAAGGAAUUCACUGAAAAAAGAGAAAAGGUAUUGGCCAAACUUGAAGAAAUGCAAGCCAAGGUACAAAAGGUCAUGUCUAUUUUGGAAAAGCCUGAAGUAGUUGCUGCUCUUCGUCAAGACAAGGCUCAAAAUUUGGAAUACUUGAAGCAAAACUACAAUAUUACUGAAGAUAUGAUCAACAUCCUAUAUGAAUUUGGUCAAUUCCAAUAUAGCUGCGGUGACUAUGGUGGUGCUGCUGAUAUGCUUUAUCACUUCCGUAUUUUGUCAACAGAUAGUGAAAGAUGUCUUUCUGCUUCUUGGGGUAAGAUGGCUGCUGAAAUUUUGACUGGUAACUGGGAUCCUGCUUUGGAAGAAAUUCAUAAAGUUCGAGAAAUCAUUGAUCAAAAGAACUUUACGUCACCUCUUCAUCAACUUCAACAACGUACUUGGCUUAUUCACUGGUCAUUGUUCGUUUUCUUUAAUCAUACCAAGGGACGUGACGGUAUUGUGGAUAUGUUCUUUGCACCUCAAUACAUUAACACCAUUCAAACCACUUGCCCAUGGAUUCUUCGUUACUUGGCUACUGCUGUUGUCAUCAAUCGUCGUCGCAAGAGUCAAAUGAAGGAAUUAGUCAAGAUCAUUGAACAAGAAUCUUAUGAAUACCGUGAUCCUGUGACCGAAUUCAUUGAAGCUCUCUUUAUCAACUUUGACUUUGAAGGUGCUCAAAAGAAAUUGAAGGAAUGUGAAUAUGUUUUAAGCCAUGACUUUUUCCUUGCUGCUACUGAAGAAGAUUUUAUGGAAAAUGCAAGACAAUUCAUCUCAGAAACUUAUUGUCGAAUUCAUCAAAAGAUCAAUAUCAAGGAUAUGUGUCAAACCCUUAAUUUGGAUCAAGAAGAAGGUGAAAAAUGGAUUGUUAAUUUGAUUCGUGAUACUCGUGUGGAUGCCAAGAUUGAUUUUGAAGAAAAUACCGUUGUGAUGAACACUCCCGUGACAUCAGUAUAUCAACAAGUGAUUGAACGAACUAAGGGAUUGUCCUUCCGAUCUCAAGUUCUUGCAAGUACUAUUAAGAGACGUGAACAAGCAGCCAAUCAACCUGAAGGCAUUAAUCAAUAGAUUCAUUUCAUUCCUCUUUUUAUUAUUAUUCGAUCAAUCCACCCAACACUCAUACACAUUUGAAUUUUUUUCUUUCUUCUUUUUUUUUUUUUUUUU